CCUUUGAUCCCGAGCAUCGCCGGGAACGUUCAACUAGUUAUUAAUAAAUGCAUUAAAUGAUAGGAAAAAUAAGCGGGAAAGGAGUAUACCGUAGAAAGAGUUCAGGAAGGAAGUAUCGUAAGGAAGGAGGAGACUAUUUGAUUUUUGAGCCACUCCAAAAGUGCAGCUUUGAAAAAUUUAGUCAUCCGAACAUUCUCAAAAAUCAAAUAACGAGAUUUCGGAGGCCUCAACCACGAUGAGUAGCAAAUCCCUGGACUUGACUGCUACCCCCUGCGAACAAUGUGGACAAAUUUCGACGGAGAAUGAGGCUAUGAUUGCCUGUGAUAACUGCGACCGCUGGUAUCACACGCGCUGCGUGGGUGUAAAUACGGUGCCGAAAAAGUACAAGAAGUGGUUCUGUCCGGAUGCGUCGUGCCAAGCAGUUUGUCAGGAAAAGCUGAAGAAGACCCGUGAGAAAAAAAAUGCCACUCCCAUUCCUCCAACCGUCGCCGAGAAGCUGAAAGCUAUGGAAGCGGAAAGGAAACGUAAGGAGGAGGAAAUGGAAGCCGAAUGGUUGAUCAAGCAGAAGGAGUUGGAAAUCAACAACGCACUGAAGGAGAAGCAAAUGCACCUAGAGCGAAUGUUACGCGAAAAGCAGCUGGAAGCCGCCAGGGACUUGCGCGAAGUGGAAAUGGAGGAAAAACGUACGCUAUUCGAAACGGAAUUGCGGGAAAAACGAAUGCACUUCGAGCAAAUGAGGGCGAUGGAAGCCGAGCAUCGCGAGAAAAUCUCCGAGCUGAAAAGGCGUAUGGAGAAGAUAGAAGUACAGGAAAAGUCGAAGAUUAAAAAUCAGAAACCCAGAGGCCAAGACGACCAAGCAACUACCUCGAAGCAAUCUCCGGAGGGAAUAAAGCCUGGCAAGCUUACGAAGGAAAAUCUCGAUCGCCUCGAGAAUAUCAACAGUGGUGUCGAGAGUGAUGAAGACGAUUACAGCUCCGAUGAUUCCGAUGACGACGACGAGGAAAAAACCGUCGACUUGGAAGGCGAUAGGAAAAGCCAGAUCAGCUCUCAAAACGGGCAGGGGCACCAGCGUGCCGGGCCGAGUAAAGCCCAGUUGAGCGCCAGGAACGGGCUCACUAGAAAACUUCCCACCUUUACCGGAAAACCGGAAGAGUGGCCUUUGUUUUUCGGGGCCUACCAAGCGUCAAACGAAGCUUGUGGCUAUUCGGAUGUAGAGAACUUGGUGAGACUCCAGGAAAGCUUGAAGGGUGCUGCACUCGAGUCGGUUCGCGGACAACUACUGCUCCCUAAAUCGGUUCCGAGGGUUAUCGCGAAGCUGCGACAGCUUUAUGGCCGCCCUGAGCAACUGCUUCAAAACCAUCUCGAGAAGGUUCGUAAGUUGGAUUCGCCGAAAACCGACCGGUUGGCCAGUUUUAUCCCCUUCGGAAAUGCAGUAGAGCAGCUCUGCGAGCAUUUGGAGGCUGCUGAGCUCACACUGCACCUUGUGAAUCCAAUCCUGAUUCAGGAUUUGGUCAAUAAGCUUCCGGACGGAGAAAAGCGUCAGUGGUUGCACUACAAACGGAAGAAGAAGGAGGUGACGCUGCGAACGUUCACGGAUUUCAGCUCCAAGAUUGUGUCCGAUGCAUGCGAGGUGAACGUCAACUACGAUUACAAGCCGGACACCAAAGCUGCAGUUGGUACAAGUGCAAGAUCCAAGCCGAAGGAGAAAGCUGCUCUAUACAGCCACAGCGAGGCGAACGAGUCCCACGGGCGGAACGAUCGGAAGAGGCAGAAGCCGUGUAAAGCGUGCAAACGAGACGACCAUCGGCUAAGGUUCUGCCAGGACUUUAAAAAUAUGCCCUUUGCGGAUCAAAUGAAGAUCAUUCGGUGCGACGUCGAUGAUUGCGGAGAACCGCACAAUCCACUGAUUCAUCCGGCCACAACGGCAGUUGCCAUGCACGCACACAUCAAACCCAGCGGUACCAUGAUGUUCCGAAUGAUCCCAGUUAUGAUUCACUGCGGAGAAAGAUCACUGGCUGUGCUUGCGUUCCUAGACGAAGGAGCUUCCAUCACGUUGAUAGAGACUGAGUUGGCUGAUCGUUUGGGGCUAGGCGGAGUGAAGGAAAAGCUAGUGCUUAACUGGACGGCGGACGUUUAUCGUGUAGAAAAGAACUCCAGGCGUAUGAACCUGUGGACUUCCGCUGCUGAUGAGGAGAAUGCGGAGAAGACUUUGCUGCGGUCAGUGUAUACGGUCGACAAGCUGAGACUACCACACCAGACACUUAAGGCCGACGAACUAGUGGCGCAGUACGGGCCACGACGAGUAUCGCCUGAGUCGCAGGGCAGCUAUCUGGCAUACCACCAGCAGGUCUCUAACGAAGAUCUUCACGAUCUACUCAAAUCCCAUUAUGCACUUGAUGAGUCCGUAGUACGGGUGCACCGAGAAUCAGCUGAAGACAAAAGGGCUCGGUCUAUAUUGGAGCAAACCACGAAGCGCGUAGGGAACCGUUUCGAGACGGGACUCCUUUGGGCCAAGGAUGACGUUAGCUUCCCGGACAGCUACCCUAUGGCACUGAAGCGGCUAAUGCAGUUGGAGAAAAAGCUGGAAAGGUCACCAGAGUUAUAUCGAAACGUUCGGAACCAGAUCGACGAGUAUCAAGCUAAAAAAUACGCCCAUGAAGCCACCAAAGAAGAACUGCGCUCUGCAGAUCCCGAGAGGACAUGGUAUCUCCCGCUAAAUGUAGUCCUGAAUCCGAAGAAACCGGGAAAAAUCCGACUCAUCUGGGACGCGGCCGCGACGGUCCAAGGAAUUUCCCUUAACUCAAUGCUGUUGAAAGGGCCGGACCUACUAGUGCCGCUUAUGUCAGUGCUUCUCAUCUUCCGGGAGCGGCGGAUCGCUUUCGGAGGAGACAUCCGUGAGAUGUACCAUCAAAUGGAGAUAAUCGCGAAAGAUAAGUCAGCUCAACGAUUCCUGUUUCGAAAAAACAGAGCAGAAGAACCGAAAGUGUACGUGAUGGACGUCGCUACGUUUGGUUCAACGUGCUCGCCUGCGUCAGCACAGUACGUCAAGAAUCGGAAUGCAGAGGAACAUGCCGGGCGGUUUCCGGAAGCAGCAGCGGCCAUCAUUAAGCGGCAUUAUGUCGAUGACUACUUCGACAGCGUCGACACGGUUGAGGAAGCGGUAGAACGAGCGAAACAGGUGAGGAUCAUCCAUAAGCAAGCCGGGUUUGACAUUCGGAAUUGGGUGUCAAAUUCACCUGAGGUCCUGACUGCGUUAGGAGACGCUAAAGCUGGGGGAUCAGUCGUUUUCAACCAGGAUAAGCAGGAGCACAACGAACGGGUACUCGGGAUAAGCUGGGAGCAAGAAGCGGAUGCGUUUGCCUUCUCCGUAACCUCCCGACCGGAGAUGCAAGCUGCGUUAUGGGCUUCUUCGACCCUUUGGGGCUACUGUCUCCAUUUACAAUCCAUGGGAAGAUGCUCGUCCAACAUCUCUGGCGAAGCGGUUGCGAAUGGGACCAAGAAAUUGACGAUUGUGGCUGGAACCUUUGGCAGCAGUGGAUUGGAUUGCUACCGGAAGUCGAAGCAUUACGAAUUCCAAGAUGUUAUCUGGGUGAUGCUGAAUCUUCGUCGGUGGAGUCCCUCGAGCUACACACUUUUUCGGACGCGAGCGAACAUGCUUAUGGUUGCGAGGCAUAUCUACGGUCGGUCGUCGAUGGAGAAGUCAACUGCAGUCUGGUCAUGUCUCGUGCAAAGGUAG